AUGCAGAUACUUUCAUUCAACUUUCUCAUGUAUACUCUGGGCGGUGUGUGGCGACCCGUCGAGUGGUCGUCGAGCUUUGCUAAAUUAUUAUAUAAUGCGUUCACCGUAUACACGAUAGUCUCGUUGUACAUAUUCGUAUUGGCCCAAUUCGUAGAUAUUGUUCUUAUCAUCAAUAACAUGGAUGAUUUCAUGAAUAGUUCUUUGCUAUUUGUGAGCGUUAUUGCUGUUUGUUGCAAAGCCACAAUAAUCGUGUUACGUCGAAACUCGAUCAUCGAUUUGAUGGAAAUGUUGCUGAGGGACCCUUACAGGCCUCGGGAUGAGAACGAACUGGCCAUACAAGCGAGAUUCGACGAAUUUAUCCAAUCAUGCUCGAUAAAAUAUUCGCUUUUGGUGACAAUCUCAAUGACGACCAGCACGUUGAGAUCGCUUCUGAACGUCGUAGAUGGUCAUUUACCUCAUAGAGCGUGGCUGCCUUACGAUUUGAAUAAAUCCCGGAUGUUUCUGAUCACGACGAUCCAUCAGAUCGUCACUAUAUUCUUAGGCGCUCUAAUCAACAUCGGCACAGAAACUGCAGUGUUCGGUCUUAUUUUGCAAACCUGUGCCCAACUGGAUAUUCUCAAGAGCCGUCUCAAUAAAUCGGUGAUUACAAAUAUGACCGGCUAUCAAGAGGAUCGCUUGUUUUCACCGACAAGUAGGAGACAAGCACCAAUUUCGGAUCUCAUACGUCAUCAUCUUAGCAUUUACAUAUAUGCAAAUAAGGUGAACAGUGUAUUCAGCCAGAUACUCUUCGUCCAAUUUUUCGUCAGUAUAUUGGCGCUGUGUACGAGCGUGUAUUAUGUGUCAACGCAUAUCGGGGAGACAGAGGCUGCGGGUAUUCUGGCGUACACCAUUUCCAUGUUCGUGCAGAUCUUCGUUUAUUGCUGGUCGGGAAAUGAGGUUACUUUGAAGAGCGCGAGCUUAGUCGACGCCGUGUAUCACAUAGACUGGUCUUCACUAUCGAUCGGCGCACGCAAAGAUUUGUUGAUGAUCAUGAUACGCAGCGCAGUUCCUAUAAAGUUCACCAGCAGCUACUUGAUAACCAUGUCUCUUGAAUCUUACGGCAACAUUCUGAAAAUGUCAUAUUCGGCGUUUAGUGUACUACAAUCUUUGGGCGGUGUGUGGCGGCCCGUCGAGUGGUCGUCGAGCUGCGCUAAGCUAUUGUACAACGCGUUAAUCGUCUGCGUAAUCGUCGCGUUGUAUUUAAUGGUGCUAACCCAAUUCCUGGAUAUGCUCCUUGUCGUCGAUAACAUAGACGAUUUCACCAAUAAUUCCCUAAUGUUUGUGAGUAUUAUUAGCGUUUGUUGCAAAGCCACGAUCGCGGUGAUACGUCGAGAUAGGAUCAUCGGUCUCGUGCAAACGUUGUUGCGGGAGCCGUAUAAGCCUCGUAAUGAGGAUGAACUGACCAUACAAGCGACAUUCGACAGAUUUAUUCGGUCAUAUUCGAUAAAGUACGCGCUUUUGGCAGGAUGUUCCGUAACGAGCGUCACGUACAGAUCGGUGAUGAAUGUCAUAGAGGGUCAUUUACCGUAUAGAGUAUGGCUGCCUUACGAUUCGAAUGGAUCCCCGAUGUUUCUAAUCACAUCGAUCCAUCAGAUCGUCACAGUGAUUUUCGCCACGUUCAUCAACAUCGGCACGGAAACCUUAGUGUUCGGUCUCAUUUUACAAACGUGCGCCCAGUUGGACAUUCUCAAGAACCGUCUUAACAAAUCGAUAAUUAAUAGAAUAGGCGCCAACUCGCAGAAUCAGUCGUUUUUGCUACUAAAUAGGAAACAGGCAACAAUUUCGGAACACAUACGUCAUCACCUUCAUAUUUACACAUACGCCAGGAAGGUAAACAAAGUGUUCAACGAGGUGCUCUUUAUCCAAUUUUUCGGCAGUAUAUUGGUGUUCUGCACAAGCGUGUAUUAUCUAUCAGCGCAUCUUGCACAGUCCGAGGCCGCGGGUAUCGUGGUAUACAUCAUUUGCAUGUUCGUGCAGAUUUUCUUGUACUGUUGGUCCGGAAACGAAGUUAUUCUCAAGGUGCGUCAGAGCGUGGGCUUGGGGGACGCCAUGUACCACACAGACUGGACCUCAUUGUCACUCAGCGAGAGGAAAGAUCUGCUGAUGAUCAUGAAAUGCAGCAUGGCUCCCAUUAAAUUCACCAGCAGCUUCUUGAUAACUCUGUCUCUCGAAUCAUACAGCAGCAUACUGAAAACGUCGUAUUCGGCAUUUAAUGUGCUACAACAAUCCUGAGACGUUCAUUCUAAAUUCA